AUGCUACUAUUUGAAUAUAAAUCUUUGUGCAGCCAAGGGCAAUUUCCACUAACACAGAAUGUAACGGUUGUUGAAGGUGGAACUGCAAUUUUGACCUGCAGGGUUGAUCAAAAUGAUAACACCUCCCUCCAGUGGUCAAAUCCAGCUCAACAGACUCUGUACUUUGAUGACAAGAAAGCUUUGAGGGACAACAGGAUUGAGCUGGUUCGAGCUUCCUGGCAUGAAUUGAGUAUCAGCGUCAGUGAUGUGUCUCUCUCUGAUGAAGGACAGUACACCUGUUCUUUAUUCACAAUGCCUGUCAAAACCUCCAAGGCCUAUCUCACUGUUCUGGGUGUUCCUGAGAAGCCUCAAAUUAGUGGAUUUUCAUCACCAGUUAUGGAGGGAGACUUGAUGCAACUGACUUGUAAAACAUCUGGUAGUAAACCUGCAGCUGAUAUAAGAUGGUUCAAAAAUGACAAAGAGAUUAAAGAUGUAAAAUAUUUAAAAGAAGAAGAUGCAAAUCGCAAGACUUUCACUGUCAGCAGCACACUGGAUUUCCGAGUGGACCGGAGCGAUGAUGGCGUGACUGUGAUCUGCAGAGUAGACCAUGAAUCCCUCAAUGCCACCCCUCAGGUGGCCAUGCAGGUGCUAGAAAUACACUAUACACCAUCAGUCAAGAUUAUACCAUCAACUCCUUUUCCACAAGAAGGACAGCCAUUAAUUUUGACUUGUGAAUCCAAAGGAAAACCACUGCCAGAACCUGUUUUGUGGACAAAGGAUGGUGGAGAAUUGCCAGAUCCUGACCGAAUGGUUGUGAGUGGUAGGGAGCUAAACAUUCUUUUCCUGAACAAGACGGAUAAUGGUACAUAUCGAUGUGAAGCCACAAACACCAUUGGCCAAAGCAGUGCAGAGUAUGUUCUCAUUGUACAUGAUGUUCCCAACACUUUGCUUCCCACUACUAUCAUCCCCUCCCUUACCACUGCAACAGUCACAACCACUGUAGCCAUAACAACCAGCCCAACCACAUCUGCAACAGCCAGCAGCGUAAGAGAUCCCAAUGCUCUGGCUGGCCAGACUGGCCCUGAUCAUGCUCUUAUAGGAGGAAUAGUGGCUGUAGUUGUAUUUGUCACGCUGUGUUCUAUAUUUCUGCUUGGUCGAUAUCUGGCAAGACAUAAAGGAACAUACUUAACAAAUGAAGCUAAAGGGGCUGAAGAUGCGCCAGAUGCUGACACAGCCAUUAUCAAUGCUGAAGGCAGCCAAGUCAAUGCUGAAGAGAAAAAAGAGUAUUUCAUUUAAAAUGCAGGCCAAGAUUAUGAGUUUUCCUUAUCAGGCUGGCUGCUGGAGAAAACUGGCUAUCAUCUUUCAGAAUUCAUUUCUACCAUCUUCCGCUACCUUUAUUAACUUCCAUACCGUACUGCUAUCAGUAGCCAGUGUAUACCAACAAUCAGCUGUCGAAAGCAUCAUUCUUUAAUUACUGUACCAUACAUAAUGCAGGACAUUUCUUACUGCCUAAAUUCCACACCAUUGCUCUUUUAACAUACAGUGCUUGAAUAUACAGCCUUAACAAUGUUAAUCAUCUCUCUGGAUCUUGGUAUUGAAUUGUUUUCUACAUUGAAAAGAAGUAUGCAAAGGUUUUUUUUUUCCCUCAUUUUUCCCUUUAAAUCAUAAAUUUUGUCACUUUAUCAUGGGAAAGCUUUCACAAGGAACAGGAUUAGGUAAAGACCUAACAUGUUUAAGUUUAAUCAGAGAUUAGAGGUUUACAAUGUUUUCUACAUGUCUACCUUUAAAGACAUGUUUGGAAACUUAUGCCCUAGAAAACACAAAUGAAAACACUGUAGAAUAGAUUCUGGAAUGUUUGAGAUUAUACUGGUGAAGCUGUAUCAAUGUGCUAUUUUAAAAUAUAGUAUUUGAUACAGGAGCCAUGUGUAUGAAUUGCAAUCAUGACAUGACAUUUUAUAUAAUUAUAUAGAUCCCACCAGUAGGUAUUUUAGCUUCAUUUACCAAUAAAUUUUUACAAACAUUUUACUGCUUUGGGAAUCACAAGGAUUUCAUUCAUUUCCCUAGUUUGAUUCUAUAAUUUAUUUGCCCCAUAAAGACCCACCUGCCUAAACAAAACUGAAGUAUCCAUAGGGCACAAUUUUGAGACAUUUAGUAUCUGUAUAUAGUGCAUAUAAUAAAUCCAAUUAAACAUUAUUUGAUACAUAUUUAACUUUUUUGGCUGUAGGUAAUUCAGUCAUAAGUAAGCAUUUUCUAAUGUCCAUUAUAUCCCUUUAGAUAUUACUUAAACCAAUAUUAUAAGUAGUUAACAUGUAUUAGUAUUUUUGUCUGUAUGUCCUAGCACUGUUCAACAACAAAUUUUUCUAGUUCUUGUUAAUUUUUAUUUGUUAUACAAUGGAAGCACAAUGUUAUAAGGAAAGGUAAUUUUAAGCUAACAACCAGUGCACAGCCUCAGGUUUUAAAUUACAACCACAGUUGAAUAAUGACCUAAAAGUAAACUCUUAGUUUGUUAAAAAUUUACAAAUUUUAAUUUGGCAGUUCCAGAGCUGCUUACCUAUGUUGGUUUGCCAAAAAAGAAGUGUUUAAGAUAUGUUUUCUGUAUAAAUGAACUAAUUCUUUAUAUUAAAUUCCUGUCUAUGCAUUUUGUGAGGUACAAACUUAUGAAACAGUGAGUGAUGGAGAAUUUCUGCCAUGCUUUUAACUCCAGGGUGAAAGUCUCUUUCUCUGGAUUAUUUCUGAAAUUUUGGUGUAUUUAACCAUUAAUAUCUGCUGUAUUCUUGAAUAUGACAUAGAGUCAAUCUAAAGUCAUAUUAUUUCUUCUAGUAAACUACAAUAUUGCUAGAUUAGUUCUCAUUAAAUUUAUUAUAUGCUAAAAAUUAAAAAGUCCAGUUAGAUAAAAAUUAUUUUCCCAUUUGCAAGCAUUGCACCUUUAAGAAGAAAACAAAUAUGAUGAUAUGGUAGCUAUACUUGUGAUGUCUGAAAGCAUGAUGGUCUAUGGUUUUAAAAAUAAUAUCUUGGAAUUUAUUUUUGGGAAAUGAGGAUGGUUGGGUAUGACAUCAUGUAUUAAUGUGAAAUGAAAGACAAGGGUGCUGUAUCUUAGAUUAUUUAUCAGAAAAGUAUAAACUUUUAAAGACAACAUUAGAAUUUUAAAUUUUUUUUGAUUGUUGAAGCAUUUAUCUUGUUGAUUUCUUACAAAAGGAAAAGGACGAUGUCAGUCAAGCAGCACUUUUUCAGAAUAUACAGAACAUAAAUAAUAUGAUGUGGUUGAGUGUUAACAUAAUAAAUCAUAUACAGUAUGACAUUUUAAGGAAAUAAGUCUGCAUUGAUGUGAUUGCAUGCUUGUUUUUACAGUUCACUCCAUACCAUCUGUGGAAAAAUGCAAUAAUAUGUUAAUAUAGUAGGGUAGUUUGAGAGAAUCAGGUAGGUGCUACUAGACACACUGAAACUAGAAUAGGUUUAUAAACUGUUCAUAUCUUUCAAUGCAUAAUCUUUAGAAAGACUCCACAAAACAAAAUUCAUCCUGUUAGUACAAAAUGGAAAGGUUCUUAUUACAGAAGUAAGUUGUAUAAACUGCAUCAUCAAUUACUAUUUAAAGCUUAAUUUCAGGAUGCACUUACAAAAUUACUACUCUUCAUUGAUGCUGUAUUUACAUUCCUCUUCAUUUUGUCUAUAUUCUACUUGGCUCCAAAUGUUAAAUUGUUGCCUAAAUAACUCGAUCAUUAUUUAUAGCACUGUAAAAUUAGAAAUCAAAAAUUAGUUGUAUUUCAAAGUUUUUGACUCUUUUAACCCUUUAGAAUAAUAUAAAAACUCAACCGAAUUCUUUAAAAGAAAGUAACUUACAUAUUAUGAUUUGUGGGCUCUAAUAAAAUGUUUUGCCAGUUAAAAUAGUCCAAUUUCAAUUAGGUAUAAUUUUUAGUUCCUUAAAAAAUAGCAGUAGAAUUAUAUUUUCUUAUCUUUAAACUUAUUCUAUUCCUACCAAAUAGGGGAAAAAUUAUAAAAAUUCUGCUCAUUUCUACAAAAAUCAGGAAGAAAACACAAAAUAAUAUUUUGAAAUGGAACCAUGUCAAUUGCAAUGUCUGAAAUGUGCACAUGUGUAUGCACAGGGCCAAAUUCUGUCUCUGCUUAUUGAGCACAGUAGCUAUGGAACUCAGUGGAAGGAGUGUGAACACACAUAUAUCCGUAGUAGAAUAUGGAACAUUAUUCUUUACCAAAAGUAGCUAUUCUCUGCCAGUGUACUGUUUAUAGUGUAAAUUGAUUGUCCUCCAUCAAAAAAGGGUAAACAGCAUUUUUUCCCAUUUUUGAGUGUCCUAGAUAGAAUGAUUAUUAAAAUUAGGAAGAAAAAGGAAAGUUUGUUAGUGCAAGAGCAAAGAUAGGACACAUGACUGACCAGAGUAUUGAUGUGUGUGUAUUUACAUGUGUGUGUAUGUGUGUGUGUGUAAAAGAGAGAGAGAGACAGAGAGAGAGAGAGAGAUUUCAACUUGUUUUCUUUUACCAGAGAAUCCAAGAAGCAGUUUAAGGAACCUGAUAUUGGAAUUUAAUUUAGAAACUGGAUGAUCUUAUAUUGAUUCAAGAUGCUUAAUAUUGCGUUGAAACCCAAAACUUAAAAUAGAGAAAGAAAACUAACUUUCCUAAAUAUGGCAAAGAAGCUAACACACCUCAUUUAUUUUUAUUUCUUUGUAAAAAUAUAAAUAUCUCAAUUAAAAGGACAGGCUCACUUGUAAUUAUGUACUCAUGAUUGUAACAGCUUUGAGAUUCCAUAUAGGCACAUGUACAGCAGCUGUUUGACCGUGAUGGUUCUUCCAUGUAACAUACCAGUUAUCGUGUAAUUUAGUGCCACUUAUUGCAAAGUGUUACCAAGGGGAGCAUUUAAAAUACAUUUUAUUUUCCUUUGGACAUAAGGAUAACUUGAUGAAUGAUAAAUAUGAAAUUUAUGUUAUGCUCUUUAAUUGUUAAGAAAAUGCAAAACCUUGUAGCUUACUGCAACUUCCCCAUCAUAUUGUUGAUUACUUAGAGCCCACGAAAAAUGCCCAGUUUUAUCUCCCUUUGCAAAUGGUAAUCUGUGAUGAAUAUACAAAACAAAACAAACAAAAAGAACUGGCAACCACAGCUGAAAUAAAUGAAACAUCUAAUAAGAAUUACUGAGUAAUGCUUUUUAUUAAGUGGCACAAAGUACACACUAAAAACUAUGCAAAAUAUAGGUAACUACAGUGUACGUACAUGUAAGUAUCUUGUACUUGCUGUGUAUGGAUGUUGGAAACCCAUGUAAUUAUAAUAUGCAUUUUGAAUAUUGGGAAAGAGGAAAUCUUAGUGUAGAUAAUAGAAGUUGUUUUGAAAUAUACACUGGCAAUAUUGAAAUUUACUCAGUGCAAUAUCUGCAAUUCUAUUGCUGGAUACUAAUGCAAAGGGAUUUCAAAGUCUUCUUUAACACGAUCCAAGAGAUUGCUAAUCUUCACCUCCCACACACUAAGGCAUUAAUUAAAAAUAUAAUUGAUUCAACAACAAACACUUUAAGUUUUCCUUAUUUAAUCAUUAAUGUGGACACAAUAAAAUUAUUUGGCUUAGUUUUUAGCACUACUGGAGAGAAAGAAAUAGCCUGAGUUUUAGACUUUGCUUGAUAUUUAAUUGAAUUUGGAAUUCUUAAACUUUCCUUGAAGUGUGUAUUUUAAUGGAUUAUGGUACUUUUAUUAUAAGUACACACUUAAUCAAAGAACAUAGGUUACCUUUAACCGUUAAAGUCACUAUAUCUUAAUGGGAAUUUUUUUAGACCUUUUUUCUAUUUUUUUCCCCUUUCUCUCCCUAUUCUUUCUGUCCCAGGCAUGCCCUUUGCACUUAUACCCUUCCAAAGGCAAUGGAUUGAAAGCAACUAGCAAGAUUAUAAAGAUAGCUAAAGGGAACAACAUGUAAGAAUGGGUUCUAAACUCAUCAGCAUUUUUAUGUAUUGAGAUUAUUAAUAUUGAAUGCAAUAGUUAUUGGAUAUAGCUGGUAAGUUCUCUGCCAUGCAUACUUACAAUAAUCCUUCUACCUCUCACUUUUAACAUGGGCUAUGAUAUAGAAGAAAUAAUUAUUUGCAGGAUAUCCCAGGAAGCAUUCUUUGGGACUAUCAUUAACAGUCCUCUCCCCAGCCCCUGGGAAAUCUCAAAAGCCAAUUUCUUUUAGUGUAUUCAACAGUGUAUGGAUCUGCAUUUGUUUUUCCUUUUCUAUCAUAAACUUUUCCUGUGGGCAAAAUAUGCUAACUUUAUAAGAAUAGUUCUUUUCAUGUGUACUUAAUAUUUCAAUGUAAUAUAAAUGUGUUGAUUUUUUAAAAAUAACUUAAAUGGCAACACUUUGGAAUCCAAUCUUAUAUUUCAUUUAACAUUUAAAAUGCAACAGUUUCUUAUAAAUUAAUGUUGUGCUUUUAGGUAAAAAAUUAUAUAUAUGAUUUAUUUACCCAAAAACUGUUAUCUAUAUAAGACAAAAAUUUAAGUAUUUAAAAUUGGCUCCUUAUUAACAAAUAAUACCUGAGUAAUGAACACAAAGUAUUGCCACAAAUGCCCACUUUACUGUGUCUGCUUAGACAUAAUAUGAAUUUUUCAAAUGAUGUAAUUUAUUCCAAAAGGAAAUUAUAUUUUAAAAGCAGAUUUUUCUUGAGAAAAAAUUAUACAAGAAAAUAUUUCAAAUUAUGAUGUUAAAUCUAUAAAAUAUGCUUAAAGUAAGUUGUUUCUAUGUUAUGUGGUUAUGUUACAAAUAAU